GCUCCGAGAUGUCGGCUCGGUCACAGUCUCGGUGGUUUCAGUAGCAUCCAAUCCAAUCCAUCUCGUAGUCAAGGUUGUUAAUUACCUACCUAGUGGAGGCCAAUGAUGGCUGUUAGGGUCCUUGAGCCUCCACUAUGACGCUACUGCGUUGGAUCAUCCAAAAAGAAAAACGGCAUGGCAGAGAAACGUCUGGAAGUCUUUUGGUUUUAGAAUGUAUGUAUGUCAUAUCAAAUUACGCUGCUGGGCAGUGAUUGACGGACAAGUGGAUGAAGGAGAGAAACGGGAGGGCAGCGUAUAAUGAACGGUAAUAAGCUCCGAGCUCUGCCGUAAGUAAGAGAGCGAGCAUGUCAAUGUGUUCUUGUAAGUGCUAUCUGGGUGUUGAGCUACCUACACAUAAAGUUGAGAGGGAAUAUGAAUGAACUGGCUAUUCUCACCAGAAUUGUAAUCAAUUAUCCCCCUAACAAUCUACUAAACCCAAAACUGAACCCAUUGAUCCAUGUCCUGGUCGUCUGUCGAUAAUUCAUGACCUGACUUGGUCGGCCCAACCUCAAGUACAACCUACCCACCAUGAGACGUGGACGCGGGUAGCUUAGUACCUAGCUGAUGAGCUACUAACGAAUAUCCAUUACUGAGGGACUAUUUACAUAAGAUACCUACUAGCUUUCCCCAACUCAACUCAAAACACCACUUUCAUUCUACUUCAUCUGCCUCAAUUUUUGCUCACCUAGUUCCAUCUCCUCCAAAACAUCAUUCCACAUUAAUACCAUCAUCAUGGCUCGCAAGUUCUUCGUCGGCGGCAACUUCAAGAUGAACGGCUCCAAGUCGUCCAUCAAGGAGAUUGUCGAUAACCUCAACAACGCUGAUCUCGACAAGAACGCUGAGGUUGUUGUCUCUCCUCCCGCCAUCUACCUCCCUCUUGUCCGCGAGACCCUCCGCAAGGACAUCGAGGUCGCCGCCCAGAACGUCUUCAACAAGCCCAACGGUGCCUUCACCGGCGAGAUCUCCGUCUCCCAGCUCAAGGACAGCAACAUCAACUGGGUCAUCCUCGGCCACUCUGAGCGUCGUGAGAUUCUCGGCGAGUCUGACGAGACCAUCUCCUCCAAGACCAAGUACGCCACUGAGAACGGUCUCAAGGUCAUCUGGUGCUGCGGCGAGACCCUCGAGACUCGUGAGGCUGGCAAGACCAUCGACUUCGUCUCUAAGCAGCUCGAGUCCCUCAAGUCCCAGAUCUCCGACUGGUCCAACAUUGUCAUUGCCUACGAGCCCAUCUGGGCUAUCGGCACUGGCAAGGUUGCUACCACUGAGCAGGCCCAGGAGGUCCACAAGGCUAUUCGUGACCUCCUUCGUGGUAUCAGCGACAAGGUUGCUGACGAGACCCGAAUCCUCUACGGCGGCAGUGUCAACGAGAAGAACUGCGGCGAGCUCUCCAAGCAGCCAGACAUUGACGGUUUCCUCGUUGGCGGUGCUUCUCUCAAGCCUGCUUUCGUCGACAUCAUCAACGCUACCAAGCAGUAAAUGCAUGAAUUCAAAAGUAAAAAGUCUUGCUCCGUUGAGGUCUUUUAUACCUUGACAAAGGGGUAGAUAGAUAGAUGAUGAAUGAAACAAAAAUGAUUAUACCCACGAAUAAUUUGUCAUUUUAUGCGAGAAACACUCUCAUUGAGUGAUUCUGUAACUUUUGACUAUCACAUGAAACGGAAAUAAGAUCUUGCUAGAGCAUAGGUGUUCAACCAGCGGUAAAGACGAGAAGCAGUUGUCAUUCAUGCCCCAAACAUCAUGGAGAUCUCUAUAAAUCGUACAAAUUUCCUCGCAACCCAAUGCUACAAGCAGCCCCAAUAUUGUUUACAAAACACAUAAAUGUACAGAAAACCCAAUUCUCGAAGCCAGCUUUCAAACAACCAUUCCCUUGCCGUGGUAUGGGGACCAGACGCCACGCACACUUGGUUGAGCGCUGUUGACGGCUUUGUUGUAACGUUUCAGCUUCUCUCCACUGGCAUCACGCAAUAACUCGGCCUUCUGAAGGAUCUCGUAUGGUGAUAGGUUUCGUACGCAGAUGGGCUUAGUUCGACCAUUGAUAUAGUGACCGACAACAACGGGGUGCUUUCCGGGUCGAGGGGAGAUGGAGAAUUCGACUUGAGGGUUGGCGGCGGCGAACUUGGGGAGAAGAGACUUGAUGAAGCCACUGCUAUCAGGUUAGACAAUUCUGAGAAGAUCUGGGAUGUUUGAUUUGUUUCACAUACUUCAUACCCUUGGAACUACCGGCCCAGUCACAGUAGUAGAAGUCUAACUUCUUGCACUGGAGGAUAAAUGCACCGAGGCCAUUCUGUAGAGUUCAGCACUUAUGCCUUCAAGACAUCGUCGCAUUCAACAUACCUGGCCUUUUGCUAUUUGUCUUAUCGCCUUAACUGUCAUUUUUGUGUGGCC